GGGAGAGUUUUGCAAAAAGGUGCUUUCUCGACCACGAAAACCAAUUAAAUCAGAAGUGCGCGGUUUAUAAAACGACGUUCUCACUUCUUGUUUCAGUAAGAAAUGAAACUCGCUCUCGAAAUCCGCGACCACGAUGAAUACAAGCAGAGCAAUUCUACCAAAAUAACAAAUCUCUGCAUCUUCUGUAUUGGUAAGAUCUUCAUACCCAUACAUUAGACGGCGCGCAUCUUCUCAUGUAAAGGUACAGAGGAGCCUAUUUUUUCCUAGACUAAAUCUCAGUGCAGGCUUUUGUGAUCCAAAUCCAUGUUUGUUAAUGUUCAACGCUGUGAGGAUCCUUCUUUACCUCACGCACCUGAGUGAAAUUGCGUAACUGCACGAAAUGGACGAAGACAACGCCACUCAUAAACGCGUCACUUAUCUGUCACAACCUGACUUGAACUUCAAGCGUUUUUUUCUCUCCUUCAAACGCUUUAGCGAGUUCUUCGGCUCGUGUGGAGAUGAAACGCGAACGUAGCUUCAUUUCCUUUUCGUAACGCGGGGGUUUUAUUUACUCUUUACGAACAAUCGAGAGCGGUCGCCACGCCCACAGAGUCCAUCCCUCCCGCUCUCCUCCCUAAAACUCUCAAGAUCAAACUUCUUCAGACGCUCGAGUCAGAGUCGCCUCGCGUGUGUGGAGUCGCGCCGGAUACUUUGGACCGCUAAUGGAGAGUGAACCGAGAACCUGACGAGUCUCACACCGUCAUAGUGGUUUUUUUCCAAAGAUGGCCAGGUCUAAUGUUUGCUACUAUGAUAAGCCCAUGGGCUUUUUCUACAACAACAGCAACAUAACCUCAGAUGAAUGGGACCAAACACAGCUCACCCUGGUUCAGGUCGUUGGAUCCAUCUGCUGUUGCUUCAUCCUAGUGGCCAAUGCCAUGAUCAUUUCGGCGGUAGUGACAAACAAGAGGUUUCACUACCCCUUCUACUAUCUCCUCGCCAACCUUGCCGCCUCAGACUUUCUCGCCGGGAUCGCUUAUGUGUAUCUCAUGUUCAAUACGGGGAAAAUAUCUCGCGAUCUCACUGUUCAAGCCUACUUCUUUCGGCAAGGUUUGCUGGACGCCAGUCUAUCCGCGUCCCUGACCAACCUCUUGGUGAUAGCGCUCGAGCGCUACAUCUCCAUCAUGAACUGGAAGGUUCACAGUAACCUCACCAAACGUCGUGUGACCCUGUUGAUCGCCCUUGUGUGGGGUAUAUCGUUAUUCAUGGGGGCUGUUCCUAGUUUGGGCUGGAACUGCAUCUGCAGUCUGGACCUGUGCUCCAAACUUGCACCCAUCUUUAGCCGGAGCUACCUGAUCUUCUGGUCUGUCUCCAACCUGGUGCUCUUCCUCAUCAUGGUGGGCGUUUACUUGAGGAUUUACAUCUAUGUGAUGAGAAAGACUGUUGUCCUGAAGGCGCACACUGGAUCUAUAAAUCGAAAGAGGACACCGGUCAAGCUCAUCAAAACUGUGAUGACCGUACUUGGAGCGUUCGUGAUCUGUUGGACCCCCGGUCUUGUGGUUCUGCUCCUGGACGGACUAAAGUGCGAACAAUGCGACGUCCUGACCUUCAAGCGCUGGCUCCUGCUCCUCGCCGUCCUCAACUCCGUCAUGAACCCCAUCAUCUACUCCUACAGAGACAACGAAAUGUGGACCACCAUCAAGAACCUGAUGCGUUGCGUUCUCAGCGGGACGAGGCGGCAGAGGUCGUCCAAGGCCAACAUUCAACGCGACUCUGCCCGGGACACAUCUAGCAGCCUGAAAGAGAACACAGCAGAGGACAGCAAGGUCUCCACACAGGAAAUGCUGAAGUCUUGAAGUUGGGCCGGACUCGUUUUUUUGGACUCUGUGAAGACCAUUUUCGCCCCCCCCCACUCGAUGUGCCACUGCUCCCGAAUUCUCCUCUCAGAGCCGGAAAACUUCGAGCAGUGCUUCGAAAGGAGUUUAAUACGACAGUAUAAAGCGAUGCGCGUAUUUGUACCAUUUUCAGUAAUAGCUGCCCACAUUAACGCCCGCGUGCAGCGUGUCUGAGCAUGUGCACCACCACCGCGCCGCAUCUCCCACAGCAAUGCACUUGUAAAGUCUCGUUUUACCUCAUUAAUUCAGCUUUUGACCGUUCCUCAAGAUCCCAAACAGAUUUCAUUCCCAUCGUAAAAUCUGUGUGAAUCUUUCAAUCAUUUUCCAACUGCUUAAAACGAGUCUUUUUUUUCUUCCUUAAAAUGGAUGCGUGUGUAAUCACGUGUAGACUAGAUGUACAUAUUAAUGCAGGCAUUUGAGACAUUUCGUAUGCAUUUCACGGUCUUCGUGUGUGUGAAUGAGUUUUUUUUUAUUGUAUAGUUGAAUAUUAGAUUUAAAUAUUAGAAUUGCGAUUAUGUAAGGGAUGAUUAAGUGCUGAAUUAUGCCCAUGUAAAUACAUCGGUACUGCUAAUUUGUUUUUGUGGUUUCAUGCGUAAAAGAUUUCCAUUGUUCAAUAUAACACAAUUGAAAUUGUACAAAAUGUAGCUAUAUGUUCCCUAAAAUUCUCUAAAUGUAUAAAAAAAUCAAUUUGUCAUGUUACGAUGUAAAUCAAAUCACCUGUAUAUAUAAUUUUAUUGUGUUCUUGAACUAAAACACAGUGAUUAUUUAAGAAUGUUUGAUUUUUAUGGAAGCCUUCACUUCAGAAUAAAUGUUUGUUUUUCAAAA